AUGGAUCUACCUCCAAAGGUCAAGCUCUCAGCAGAUGAGGUGAUGAAACUAGGAGACAUACCAGUUGAGCCAACAUAUAGCGAUCAUCAAUCGGGCGCCACCAAACCAUCCGAAAUGGAUGCAAAAAACCUAUCCGACUAUACCGCUGACCACAAUCAAUGGGAGCGCAAAAUCACAGAGUACAAAAUCCUGCGCAAAUCUCUAGCUAGGAUAAGUGCAGAGAUCUCUCGGACAAUCGCACUACAGCACUACUUCCUGAUUGAGGAUCACAAGGAUGCCUACAACAAACUCAAGAAACCACACAAGGAUUUUGACGCAUGGCUGAGCGAAUGGCUACAAACUGUUGGGCAGUGCAGAAGAGCGAAUCUUCCAGAUGUCCAGGGUACCCGCGCGCAAACCGACUUCCUUCGUACGAUUAAGCCUCUAGCACCAGAGUUCGCAGCCAACGCACUGCUCUAUAUUAUAGAGAAAGAGGACUGUAAUGAUCUUGCAGCAAUUCCAAGCCUGGAAGACUACAUCUCUCAAUACCGCACCUGGCACCGCACUAUGAACCCUGUGGCAGCUUCUAUAGGAUCAUUCGCUACCCUAGGCAUUGCAGGGACAAACCAGAAUCGGUCUAGGUUCAAACCUGGUGCGAAACCUCUCUGCAUCUGCGGCAGCAUCUAUUGGUUUAACGAAUGCAAAUAUUUGAACCCUACUACUCGUACAAAAGGAUGGAAACCAGAUCAAUCUAUCCAGCAGAAGGUCAAUCAGGCCCGAAAAGACCCCAAUAUCAACUCAAAAGUGCUGGCUGCUCUAGAGAGGGACAAGCAGCGGCGAGAGAAGCAACAAAGACAGCAAAGCGCUCCAACACCCAUCAAUUUUGAUGAUGGCGAGCUCCCUAGCUCAACUCCGCAAUCAAAUGCUCUACAGCAGGUCUUCAGCACCUCUGUCGCUGUACCAAGCCUCAUCAAUCGUUGGAUACUAGAUCCUGGCUCAAACGCGCACAUCUGCAACAACACCCAAUACGGCUGGACCUAUCGACGCGACGCAAUGCCUGGAGAGAUCGUCAAUACACCUGCAGGACUCUCCACCAUCAAGCUCACACAUGUCGCAUACGUCGAGGGCUUCUUUGCCAAUGUACUAGGUCUCGCACGAUGCAGAUCCCUAGACAUCCACUUUGACUCUGGUAGAGACGCGUUAUACCAAGGAUCCUCAGAAAACGUCGUCUGCAAACUCAAAUACCAAAACGGACAUUGGCUCAUUGACGCAGAGGAGAUGGAGCGAGCAGAGCUCUCCACCUUCAGCUCUCGGCUUCGAAGCUCCUCCCCCGAACUAGUCACCCUAGCCACUAAGCUCAAAAGGAUCUAUCAUCGUCCAUCGCGCGAGGAGCGACGCCCUAUCAUCGACAUACCAGAAGUCGACGACGACACCGAGAACCUCUCUCUCAAGCAUCAGCUCGCUCUCUCUCAGUCACUAGACGCACUAGCAGAGCUUGAAAAGCAGACUCAUGAGAGCGACAAGAGCCCUACACCUGCUCAGCUUCCAACGCCACAGAGCUCCAUACGAAGCUCCGAAUCACCUGCACCUACGCAUGGCUAUAAGUCUCGUCCAGCACCUUCGCAAUCAAACGAGGAUGAAAGCUCUCAGCAGCUCGUACGCGAAACGACGGAAGCAUUCAAUACUAGGUCAGACGAUGACCCUGCUACCUCUAUACAUGAGCCACCUAUUACCUCUGUACACGAUCCGCGAUAUAUACCGGAUCCUGACCAAAAUAAUGCACCAAAGGCACGAUCUCUUAACAUCAACAAAUCAAACAUUAUCAGCGAAAACCGCACUACGCGCUUAAAGCAAUGCAGCACCUACUUUGCAACCUUUGCUAGCUCCAUUGUCAAGGAGCACCUGCAUCGCGAUCAACACCCACAAAUGGAUAGCUACCUAGUCCAAGACUCCUUUAUUAACAAGAUCGCUACCAAAUUUAAUCUAGAGCAGAGCGGGAAACGACUACCUGACAUACCUCUGCGCGAAACCCUAGAGCUCUCUACUGAGACCACUAACAAUAGGAGGACCAAGCUCUAUCAACAGCUAGUAGGCUCACUCGCCUACAUAGCAUCAUUCACACGACCGGACAUAGCGCAUGCGCACUCAAUACUAGCACGCCACCUCACCAAUCCUGUUCCAUGCGACUCGUUGAAGCUCUUAUGGACAUCUAUUCAAGCUCUUUGGUCUAGCGAGGCAGAGCUCCUAGCUCUCUCGCAAGCCGGUACUGACAUGGAGUGGUGGAAGCUGUUCUUCACACGACUUCAGCUCCUAAUUAACAAUACCCCUACUAUCUGGUGCGACAAUUAG